AUGGUGUUGCAGAAGAGGUUGGACUACGGAUUUAAUGGCUAUCAGGUGCCUGCCACUCCUCGAGCUACCAGAUCAGCAAGGAGGAGAGGUGCAAUUAGAAAGAGAGUUGACGACAAUUCAAUGGGUGCCUUUGACUUGUUGGCCACCAUAGCUGGCAAGUUAUUGCUCGAGGGAGAGAGUUCUCCUGCUUCCAGUCAUACGUCAAAAGAUCAGUGUGCAGGUACGAAGGAAAAUUGUCUGGAUGGUGACAAACCAUUGAAAGUGGAACCUUGCGAUCAAGGCAGCUGUGAUAGGAGAAUCCCUGUAUCUGAUCAUAUCUCACAAGGUCCGAAUCAAAGUUCGUGCUCCAAGGAGUCUCCUGUUCAUCAGAAUGAAAGCUCUGUUAUGACAACUUCCAAUUGCUCGGAGAGGUUUGCUUCUGAUAUGUUGGUGAGUGGAAAAUGCAAGAAUGAGACGGGAAGUUUUACGAGUAAAAUAGAAGCAGGCUCUUCUGGCUGCAGGGAGGCUGGUGAAUUUAAGUUAGAUGGUGAAGUUAAAACAUUAAUAAAAGAUGAGACCAAUAAGAGUGCGAAGGUGCUAAUUGGUACUGGGCCUGAUAUGUGCGGUUUAGAGGAUCCAGUGGUCUGGGAAGGGGAACCUCCUGCACUAGUUAGUUCAGAUAGUAGUACCAAGGUGCCUAUGUAUGUAGACCAUAUUCCUCAGAGAUCUUUCCCCACUAGCCGGGAUGAUGUAAAAGUAGUUAGUAGAGAUGAUGACGAAAACUCCUCUGGGUGUACUCACCCUGUUACCUCAAUAAAGUAUUCAAGGCCAGCGCCAUCGCGUAUUGGAGACCGACGAAUAAGGAAAAUAUUGGCUUCAAAAUAUUGGAAAGUGGCUCCGAAGUUGAAGGAUGAUAUACAUUCUAAUUCCUAUAGGGAUCAGAAACCAAAUUACCACAAUAGGAAGAAUUGUUACAAACGUCAAAGAUCUCAAAUGAAUAUUCCUUUUAAGAAGAGGAAGCUUUUCGACCGUAGUGCAGUUCUGAAUAUUGAUGAAGGUAUUAGUAGAGAGGGCUUCUUUGACUCCCGUGGUAAGGGAAUCACUGGAGAUGCUUCAUGUUCAAAGAUGCAAGGAGCCGCUAUGAAAUCUUCUUCGCUAGCAGGUCAACACUCUUCAUUCCAAUCAAGGAGUUCUCACGUGAAGCUCAGGAUCAAGUCUUUUAGGGUGCCCGAGCUAUUCAUAGAGAUCCCGGACACUGCAACUGUUGGUUCAUUGAAGAAGACGGUUAUGGACGCAGUGACAGCAGUACUUGGAGGUGGAGUAUGCGUUGGUGUACUUCUUCAGGGAAAGAAAGUGAGAGACGACAAUAAAACUUUACAGCAGACAGGAAUUUCUCAAGAUAACCAGCUAGAUUCCUUGGGAUUUACCUUGGAGCCUAACCCUUCCCAAACCCCUCCACCUCUAUGUUCUGGGGAUUCUCCCCGUAUGCUUCCUUGCGAUGUACUUCAGCCUUUAACAAGGUAUCCAUCUGGUCCUACCAGUGAAGCCUCACCUGAGCCUCAUACGGCCAGUUUAGGGAACUUCAUCGAAAGUGAUCAUGAUUCAGCACCCUCUCCAACUGAUAUGUCUGCUGAUAAAAGCACAACAGAUUCUAAAGCCCUGGUUGCUGUGCCAGAUAUGAGUGUAGAGGCACUAGCUGUGGUUCCUGGGCACAGGAAAUCAAAGCGGUUUGAUAUUGGGCAGCGCCGAAUCCGUCGACCAUUCUCUGUUGCUGAAGUGGAAGCACUUGUCCAAGCGGUUGAGAAACUUGGCACUGGAAGGUGGCGUGAUGUUAAGCUACGAGCUUUUGAUAAUGCUAAGCAUCGAACAUAUGUGGAUUUGAAGGAUAAGUGGAAAACACUCGUACACACGGCAAGAAUAUCUCCUCAACAAAGGAGGGGAGAACCUGUCCCCCAAGAGCUCUUGGACAGGGUCCUAACAGCCCAUGCAUACUGGUCCCAGCAGCAAGCCAAACAACAGCUCAAACAGCCCGAGACUUGCCUUCUCGUCUGA